AUGGCUUUUUUCUCCCAGCUGGAUCUUCAGGAGGGCCUCCAAACUCUCUCUGUUUUGCAAUGAAUCCCACCCUACAUAUUUUUAGGAGUUAUUUCUAUUAUUCUUAUACCCUACUUUCUGGUGUUCACUAAAUUUUGGACCUUAUCCAUGCUUGCUUUAGCCUGGCUUGCCUAUGAUUGGAGCACCCACAUUCAAGGUAAGAGACAGAGCCCUUGGGUCUGAAACUGGGCCCUCUGGAAGGAUUUCCAAAAUUACUUCCCAAUAAAGCUGGUGGAGACUCAUAACCUCUCUCCCAAACACAACCAUAUCAUUGCCAACCACCCCCAUGGCAUUUUCUCUUAUGGUGUCUUCAUCAACAUUGCCACUGAGGCCACUGCCUUUGCUCGGAUUUUCCCAGCCAUUACUCCUUCUUUAGGGAUCUUGGAAGGGAUCUUCUGGAUCCCAAUUAUGUGAGAAUAUGUGAUGUCAAUGGGUGUGUGCCCAGUGAAUGAGCUGGCCUUGAAGUAUUUGUUGACCCAAAAAGGCUCAGGCAGUGCCGUGGUUAUUGUGGUAGGUGGAGCUGCCAAAGUCCUCUUGUGCUGGCCAGGAGCCUCUGCUAUCUACCUCAAACAGCGGAAAGGUUUUGUGAAGUUGGCACUGAAGACAGGAACAUACCUUGUUCCUUCCUAUUCCUUUGGAGAGAAUGAGGCUUACAAUCAAGAGAUCUUCCCUGAGGGCACAUGGAAAAAGUGCUUCCAAAAAACCUUCCAGGACACAUUAAGAAAAAUCCUGGGACUAAAUUUCUGUACCUUCCAUAGCCGGAGCCUCACUCAAGGAUCCUGAGGCUCCCUGCCUUUCAUUCAGCCCAUUACCACUGUUGUUGGGUAACCCUUGCCAAUCCCAAGGAUUAAGAGGUCAAACAAGAAGUCGGUAGACAAGUAUCACACACUCUAUAUCAGUGCCCUGCACAAGUUGUUUGACUAACACUAAAUUGAGCAUGGCAUCCCUGAGACCCAGGAGCUGACAAUCAUACAAUAG